GCUGAAAAUUGCAGCUUCAUUUGCCGUCAAUUUUUAGCCUCAUUGCUGCCAUUUCAUGGCAGUUUCAUUUCAUCAUUUCUACAAAUUUGAUUGCCACGUUUCUAGCAAUAAUUCCAACACUCCUCCUUGGCAUCAAAGUUGCAACAUCAAAAACAGAAAUAGAUUUAUGCCUAGGCACCUAGGAUUAGCCCUUUGCUGUCCAUCUUGUGCUUGGUUUUCAUUUUUUUUUUCAUCACAACCAUGUACCAUCCUUCUCAAACAACCUCAGCUCCUCCUUCAUCGCAGCUUUCCUUCUUUGGAUUUUGCUGCCUUAAACAAAUUUUGGAGUUUGCAACUAAGUUGCAUUUUCUGAGCAAAUAAAACAAGGGAUUGGUACCUCAAAGUGCUGCUUCAUCAUCUUUUUCAUCUUCUACAGCUUCCUUGGGCUAAAGCUUUGGCUCCUCGAUCAUGAAAAUGACUUGAUGCAAUGUUGAGUACUCUCUUGGUCCCAAUCUGCACCUUCACAAGCCAUCCUUCCCUUUUUGGACUAAUGUUGUAGCAUAAAACACCACCCAUACCAGCAACGUAAACCAUCAUCAAACCAGCCUCUUUUGAUCUUGUUUCUUGUAGAUCUUCUACCUCAAGAAGAUUGAAGGACGUCAAGUUAACCUUCAACUUCACAGCUUCACAUACUCUCUUCUGCCUUAACAAAUUGGUUGCAUCCUUUUGUCAACCACUUUCAAAGAUUGAAGGACCUAAAGUUAACCUUCACCAUGACAGCAUCUUUGUUGCAUUUUUUGGUCAGAGGAGUUUGUUGUGUUGGGUCAGAAAAAACAGGGUUUUUUGAAAGAAAAACUUGCUGGCAGCCAUUUGGGUUUGGUCGAACUCUGCGGCCUCUUUGUAGCCUUUCAUUUGCAUUUGCAUUUGUAUUUAAUUUUCUGUUCAUGGCAGCCUCAUUUCAUCAACAUUUGCAGCUUAGCUUGCUGCACAUUUUUGCUGUCAUUUGACAACUUCAUUUCCCUCAUAUUUGCAGCUAAAUUGCUGCCAUAUUUGAUGAAAAUUGCAGCUUCAUUUGCUGUCAAUUUUCAGCCUCAUUGCUGCCAUUUCAUGGCAGUUUCAUUUCAUCAUUUCUACAGAUUUGAUUGCCAUGUUUUUAGCAAUAAUUCCAACAAUUACAGUUUUAAAAUAAUUGCUCAGUUCUCAUGAAUUCCUAAUGCAUGGAUUUAUGCUCAUGAAGCGGUUGAAGAUGGGGAACUUGGUGAUGAUAUUGAUGAUGUUAAUUUUAAUGGUGAAGAGAGAUUCUAAUGGUAAAGCUAGUAGGAAAAGGGGGGUAGUUUUCGAUCCGUGGGGGUGAAGACAAGUAUGAAGAUGCCAUCAAAUUUUCUUU